AUGUUGGGAGAAAAAAAAAAAAAAAGGUGAAAGCGUUUCUUGGAUCCUCCAGAGAAAGUCUGAAUUAAAGCAUCUAGUUAUUUUUCCCCCUUCUGUCGAAAAGUUCUACAAACAUGGCUAGGAAAUUCGAAGCCUUGAGAGCAGGAUCCGGUAUCGCUCAAGCUCCUUUCUGCUGUCUGUUCCUGUUGCUUAUCGGCAUAUACUGGACAAGAUUAUUCAACUGGUUGCCUUCAAACAAUACAGGGGAUAUCCGUGCCAGGUGACUGUGGGGUGCCAAUGUUAUUCUGUAAGGGUGGGGACACCCUCCGACUAGGUGACAAUACAUUUUGGGGAUCCGGGAGAUGCAGAAAGCAUCCUACUAUGACAACCCCGGUCUGUUUGGAGGCUACUCGUACCAGGGAGGCGGUUUGGGUUAUGAAGGGCCACAGCAGGCUUUUGCGGCUUCACCCCACCUCGAUAAUGACUUCCAGAGAUCAUCUUGCUCCCUGCAAUCCCUGGGACACAAUGGUCCACUGGCCAAACCGAAAAACCUAAACGGGAGCUGUAUGCGUUCUAGCCUGUCUUCUGAUCACCACCAGCCCUCCUCUCUUUCCCCCCAAGAGAACCCCACUGCUACUCCGAAUAACAAUAGCAGCAGCGGCCAGUCUGGAGCCAACAAGUCCUCCUCGGUGAAAACACAGGCCACCUCCAGUCCUGGCAACAAACAGAUCUUCCCAUGGAUGAAAGAGUCCAGGCAAGCCUCCAAGCAGAAAUCCAGUCCCCCCACCACAGCGGCAGAGAGCAGCAGUGGUGACAGGAGCCCCCCGGGUUCUUCUGCCUCCAAGAGAGCACGCACGGCCUACACCAGCGCACAGCUUGUGGAACUGGAGAAGGAGUUUCACUUUAACCGUUAUUUGUGUCGACCAAGGAGGGUGGAAAUGGCCAAUCUGCUGAACCUCAGCGAGAGGCAGAUCAAGAUUUGGUUCCAGAACCGCAGGAUGAAGUACAAGAAAGAUCAAAAGGUAAAAGGGAUGUCUUCAUCUUCUGGAGGACCAUCACCAACCAGCACUCCACCCCUCAGCAUGCAGUCCUCUGCAGGCUUCUUGGGAUCCAUGCAUUCAAUGACUGCUAAUUAUGAGACCCCUUCACCACCUCCCUUUAAUAACAAACCCCACCAAAAUGCCUACUAUCAGACCCCUGCAAAAGGUUGUCCUUCCCAGCAGAAGUAUGGAAACACUGCUCCAGAAUAUGACCACCAUGGCUUACAAGGGAAUGGGAGUAGUUAUGUGUCUCCUAAUAUGCAAGGGAGCCCAGUGUAUGUUGGGGGGAACUAUGUGGAUUCAGUGUCAGCACAAGGCCCUUCUCUGUAUAGCCUGAACCACCUUGCACACCAGACCAACAAUAUGGACUACAGUGGAGCUCCACCCAUGCCAACCAACCAGCAUCACGCACCUUGUGAACCCCACCCAACCUACACAGAGCUCUCUUCACAUCAUCAGGGAAGGAUCCAAGAAGCUCCUAAACUGACCCACUUGUGAAGAAGAAAUCAACAUUAUCUAGGAAAGAAAUAUAUUGGCAGACUGUGGGGUACCGAGCUAAGGCACUGCCUCUAAACGUAAAGAAGCACUUGUGUUGAUGUCUAAAUUUUUUAUUUUAUUCGUUUUUAUUUGUUUUAUUUAAUUUCAAACUCAAGGUAUUACAGGAUUCUUGCUGCACUGUAAUUUAAACCCAUGUUAUCAACACAAGUGCUUCUCAGGGCUGUAUUUUGGUCGUAGAAGUACCUGUUAUUAUCUUAAAUGGUAUAUAAUAGGCUCGUAAGAUUGACGUUUAUUACAUCACCCAUCCAGUUGAAAAGCCUUCCAGACGAAAAAUAAUGUAUCAGAAUAAGGUACUAGCCACUCCUACGUCUUCUGUAGAAUUCGAUAUUGAUUAAACUCCCAGUCCUGUGGUCACAGACAAAAUGUAUGCACAGAGUUGAUCUCAACUGUGUUUGAUUUGAAUGUGAUCUGUAGAUUAAA